ACGUGGUGGUUUUGUCCACCAUGAAUUUCUCUCUGCCAUAUUUAAUUGGUAUUUUAACCAAGUUCGAGCCGACUUUGGCAGACACGGCUUCUUUAAUUGCAAAUUCUGAAUUCGAAUACCGAAAAACAACUUCAAUAGUAUGGCAACAAGCUGAUUUUGACCAAGUUACAAAAUUCCUGUCAAUUUACCAUGGAAGUGUAAAAUCAAUUCACAUAUACGAGAACCAGAACCGAUCUAUAGACAUACAACAAGCGAUCCUGUUUGUAACGUCAUCCUACGAAUUCCAUAAAUUCGUGGGGAAUUUACCUAAAAAUGUUAGUUCUCCGAGCAAAAUCGUAACAGUUGUAACGACUCCCAUCCUAGAUCUCAGUAAUAUUACGAAGAUAGCUUGGAAAUAUCAUAUUACGGAUUUACUAAUUCUGAUUCAAAAUGAGAACCAAUCUGAAAUGUACACGUACUAUCCCUACAGCAAUAAUGGUUGUGGAAACACUAGUCCAAUUAAAGUGGAUUUCAAAGAAAGCUUUUUCCCGAGCAAGUUUAAAAAUCUACUCGGAUGCCAAACUCGAGUGGGAACGUGGACAGCAGUUGUUAAGCCCUAUUUUAAAGUAAAUUGUGUUAACGGUACAUCUCCUUUCUUUAAAGGAAUCUUCGGUAACCUGUUCAUGCUGAUAGCCCAACACAUGAAUACCACAGUGAAAGUGUUAUGUGUGAGUUACGACACCAUAUAUUCGUUGAAUGAAGGAGAUAUCCAUGUCCUCGCGCCGGUGAUAUCCGAAGAUUGGCAUACUUCGGUAUACCAGACCACAGGAAUAAGUCACUUCUUUGAGAUCGUUUGGUGUGGACCUCCGCAGCGGGAAAUCCACGCUUGGAUUAAAGUGUUGGUGCCUUUCAUGAAUAUAAUUAUAGUUCUACUCUGUGCCACAUUUAUAGCGCUUGUAGUGCUACUAAAGAUCAUUAGCAAGAUUGAACCAAUCAACAAGAGCUUUCACAUAGUUUGGAACAUCUUAGCGAUUCUCUUAGGGCAAGAGGCGAAAAUUGUAACACAAUCUCGCUUGGUGAAUUUCCUUUUUGCGCUUUGGAUUUGGUUCAGUAUGGUGGUAACCACUGCUUACAACGGGCUAUUAGUAAAAAGUUUGCAGACGAAACUUCUGGAGCCGCGGUUCGACACAGCUGCGAAUGCUGUUAAUUUAGUAGACGGCUAUGGAGGAGCCGAGUGGUAUAAGGCAUGGUAUAAAGGCACUCCUAUUUGGAAUGGAUUUGAGGAGAUCACCUUAGUUGAAGAAGUCGAAAACCCGAUCCGCAUAUCGCAGGGUAAGAGAUAUCUUCUUUUGACUGAAAGAUUGAUGUUGUUAGGCUAUCGUUUGCAAAUCUUGGAGGGCACCGUAGGCAUACAGGCUACUACGACAGUUGUUCGCGCCCGAUGGGGAGGCGGAGUAAUAAUGAGAACCGCGCAAAGCAGGCUUAUAGAAGGCGGUUUUUUACAGAAACUCAUUCGAGACGAAGAACUUGCGGUUGUCUUGAGGGAAGCCAAGCUGAGCAGAAACUCUUCUGACACGGACGCUGGACAUUUAGACAUCAUAAAGCUUAGCUCUUGUUUCUUUUUUUUAGGGAUCAUGUGGCUGGUGUGUUAUUUAAUUUUACUAUUAGAGAUUGUUCAUCAUUGGCUCCAGUCAAAGAAAAACAUGUCAAAGAAAAUUCAGGCUAAACUGUUUUAA